AUGUCGGCCCUCGCCGAAAUCACCUCGGAGGCCGACUUCACGUCGCACCUGGCCUCGCUGUCGCCAUCCACGCUACUUGUCCUCUACUUCCACACGCCAUGGGCCGCGCCAUGCACGCAGAUGCGCGCCGUCCUGGAGGCCAUCGCCGGCCAGUACCCCGCCACGUCCCCGCCGGCCAUCUCGUUUGUCAGCAUCAACGCGGAGGAGCUGCCCGACAUCUCGGAGGAACUCGACGUCACCGCGGUGCCGUUUGUCGUGCUGAUGCGCGGUGGUCAGAGACUCGAGGAUAUCAGCGGAAGCGAUGCGGUUAAGGUCCGCAAUGCUAUUGAACGCCAUGCUGGUGGCGCUGGACCCGUCGACGGCGGACGAGCGAAUAUCCCCGCUGCUCUCUCGGCUACGCCCCGAGAGAACGGCCCUGAUGUUGCGACACAGCCGCCGGUUACAACAUCCAACGCACCUGGUCCUGCGGCCAACGCCACGGAUGUCUCGUCCGCCCCAGCUCUGACUCCUGAGCAAUCAAAGGAGGCUCUAUGGGCGCGCCUGGAUCAGCUCGUUAAGGCUGCCCCCGUUAUGCUAUUCAUGAAGGGUACUCCUAGCUCGCCGCAGUGUGGUUUCAGUCGCCAACUUGUCGGUAUCCUGCGAGAGCGCAGCGUCAAGUACGGCUUCUUUAACAUCCUGGCCGACGAGGAUGUCCGACAGGGUCUGAAGGAGUACGCCGACUGGCCCACAUUCCCGCAACUGUGGGUGAGCGGGGAGUUGGUUGGUGGAUUGGAUAUUGUCCGCGACGAGAUCGAAAACGAUCCGAGCUUCUUCGACCAGUUCUCUGUCAACAAGCCUUAG